AUGGGAAAGAAAAGAGGACGUGAAGAAGUAUACAACAAGGGCAUAGUCUUCACGGAUGAGGACCUGGGAGGAGUCCAGGCGGAUUUGGUGCAGUCAAUAACCCCUCUCGUAGGAUUUGGAGCAGGUGCAGUUUGGCCAUUGGGCAAGGUAACUCUACCUAUUCGGGCAGGGAUAGUAGUGCUACAUACCGACUUCCUAGUAGUGGAUGUUCCGUCUUCUUAUAAUGCCAUUAUAGGAAGAACCUGGUUGCACAAGAUGAGGGCAGUUUCCUUUACCUACCAUCAGAUGGUAAAAUUUCCUGGGUCCAAUGGAGUUGAAAAGAUUAGUGGAAACCAGAAAGUUAUCCAACAAGAUUCUGGACUAGCCGACCAUCGAGGAUGUCGGAGGGGAGCCGCCGAGAAAGUGGUAGAAGGUUUAAAGAAGAUUCAGAUCAAUGAGACUGAUCCAAAAAGGUAUUUCCUGAUUGGGGAAAACCUGAGCAAAAAAGAAGAACAAGAGUUGGUUGGAUUCCUGAGGGAAUACAUUGACGUGUUUGCCUGGGUCCCCGAAGAGAUGCCUGGGGUGGAUGCAAACAAGCAAAGGCUAUACGAGAAGUUUUGUUACCCAGAGUGGUUGUCUAACACUGUGGUAGUAAAGAAAAAGAAUGGGAAGUGGCAUGUCUGUGUGGACUUCACGGAUUUAAACAAGGGCUGUCCAAAGGACAGUUUCCCCCUCCCAAGGAUAGAUCAAUUGGUGGAUGCAACAGCUGGGUAUGGGUGGAUGAGUUUUCUCAACGCAUAUUGGGGGUAUCAUCAGAUUGCCAUAUAUGGGCCCGAUCAAUAG